AUGAAGUUCACCGUUGCCGCUGUCGCUGCCCUCGCCGCAGGUGCCCAGGCCUCUUACGCCGCCAGCAACGUCACCUACGUUACUGAGGUCGUCACUGCCUACACCACCUACUGCCCGGCUGCUACUGAGCUCACCUACGGCAGCAAGACCUACACUGUCACUGAGCCCACCACUCUGACCAUCUCUGACUGCCCUUGCACCAUCAGCAAGCCCGUCUACACCACCAGCAGCGUUAUCUGCAGCACUUGCACUGCUCCCAGCUCUGCUCCUCUCUACCCCACCACCCAGGCCAACAGCACCAUUGCCACCAGCACUGGUGUUGCUCCCACCGGUGGCUACACCACCUCCAAGGCCACCUCCGCCAGCACCUCCCCCGCCGCUGCCUCCUCCACCGUCCCUGCCACCGCCGGUGCCGGAAAGGCCGCUGCUCUGUCCGGAGCCGCCCUUGCUGGAGCUGCUGGUCUCUUCGCCGCUCUCCUGUAA